AGAUAAAACUCUUCGUCCAUAGCUACCACAAAAAUUCUCCCUCCACGUGCCACUUCCCUCCAUGAAAAAUAAAUACAAAUUCCACCGUCUUGAAAAUAUCACCCAAAAACCAAAACCAUUUUUUUUUGGGCUUGAGGACAGAAAUAGAUUCCUCUUUCAGGGAAGAAGCGAAGAAAAUUAGACUACUAAAGUUUUUGAGGGAAAGGGGAAAUAUCAGAGGCACAUAGUAAGAAAAUGCUAUCAGCUCACAUUAGCACGUCUUUCAUAUGUUGAGGAUUUUCUUGCCUAAUUAUCGAUUUUCUCGUAAAAUCACAAAUUUUCUCAUAAAAUCACAAUUUUUUUGCUGAAAUUGUCAAAUUUCUUGCAUUGUUGUUUCCAUCCAUUAGUUUUCUUUCAUUAUCUGUUGUUGAUUGGAUCAUUGGGACUUGCUUCAUUUGAUUGUGAGUUUGAGUGGUGCUCCAUCUGUUUGUGAAAUGGCUGAUACGGUUCCUGAUCCAUCUUCUUCUGGUAAGGGUGAAGUGGUGGCCAGCCAAGGCCCUGUAACUGCCUUUGGGGAUAGUGAACAAAAGAAUGCUAUGGAUUGGAGAAAUCUUUUCUUGGCAUCGAACGAUCAAUCUCUGAAAUUCUUCCUUCCCCAAAUGGUGAAUGGUAAAGCACUGGUUAAAUCGAUAGAUGAUGUAUUUGAAGGAGUGCAUCAAUGGCGGAAUUUUUUGGUGGCCCAAUUCCUUGGAUGGGUGCCAAACUUUAGCCAAUUUCAAAGGCUGGUAAACAUGCUUUGGGGAAAAGAAGGGUACCAAAUUUAGAAGUUGAAUUCCUCC